UCUGUUCACAUGUAUGUAUUUAUUCAAGGCUUUAACUGUCUCAGUGUGGUAAAUCCUCAUCAUGUAGAGGAUCACGGACGCAGCUGGUCAUGGUGAUGAAGUGGGACCUGCAGUACCUCCACCUGAAGGUCCCGGGGAUGCUGAUCAUCUUCUCCUCCAUCGCAAAUUAUAUAUAUAUAUAUUUUUUUCUUUUUAUUAAUUACAUGUGGCUCAUGUCCAGUUUGUCAGAAAACAGUCACAUAUAAAGGAGCAGAUCUUAUAAUACAUCUAAGCGUCUCUCCGUCUUUUAGCUGACGUAUGUCAUCGAAAGGAAGUCAGGAGCUGCUUUUUUCUCGAACACCGGUGAGACUGGACGCCGAACACACCUGCGGCACGAAGAGUUUGGAUGCUCCAUCUCUGGAGAAAGUCUCUGUCACUGUGAAAUCACAGCAACUUUUGACUGUCAUUGGACCAGUGGGGGCUGGAAAGUCAUCCCUGCUGAGCGCGAUCCUGGGAGAGCUGCCUUGUGACACAGGAACAAUGAAGGUUAAAGGUCAGCUGACCUAUGCAUCCCAGCAGCCCUGGGUGUUCCCUGGAACCAUCCGCAGCAACAUCUUGUUUGGGAGAGAGCUGAACCUUCAGAGGUAUGAGAGGGUCAUCAGAGCCUGCGCUCUAAAGAAGGAUCUGGAGCUGCUUCCAUAUGGAGACCUGACACUGAUUGGAGACAGAGGAGCCACACUCAGUGGGGGACAGAAGGCUCGGCUCAACCUGGCGAGGGCAGUGUAUCAGGAGGCAGAUAUCUACCUCCUGGAUGAUCCUUUAAGUGCUGUGGAUGCAGAGGUUGGGAAACAUCUGUUUGAGCAGGUCAUAUCAUGGUUCAGGGUACCUACAGUCAGCUGUGCUCCUCUGGUCUGGACGUGGUGUCCCUGCUGAGCAGCAGUGAGGAGCAGGAGCGAUUGUCUCAGUCAGCUGACCCAGACAAACUGUCGUUAGUCAGCCAGAGGACAAAGAGCUGUGGGUCAGUAAUGACUUGUUUUGCAGGCUGAAACAGUUUGUACCAUGGCAGAGGAGACUCGGGUGGAAGGAGACAUAUAUAGUCUCCUAUAGGUUAUAGUCCUGUUGAGUGUCAUAGCUGAGGUAAGCUGUGGCUCAUAGGUUAUCAGCUUAUACAAUUGUACUUUUCAGAUCAGAUCAGAUUUUACAUCAGCGUUUACUCCGGUAAGCCUUUCAUGGGCUGGUGCGAUCAGCUCAGACACUGCACAACAGCAUGUUCUUUGACGUCAACCCCAUAGGUGAUCCCUGCUCAGAACUGACAUCCAGUUUCAAGUUUCCAAUCAUAACUCUGUUGUGGUUGUUUUUUUUUUAAGUAUGGGCCACAAAUCCCCAUUGUUUAUGUCACUGACUUUGCUUUUAUUUACUCUGUAGGAAGAAUUCUCAACAGGUUUUCCAAAGACAUCAGCCAGAUAGACUCCAUGUUACCCAUCACCUUUGUGGACUUCUAUCAAGUGAGGCACUAUGACCAUUUUAUGAAGACUACAGUACCUACACUGAGCCUCUGUUCUUUGCUUUCAGACCUUUUUGGAUUUGAUUGACUUUUGUCAAAAUCUUAUUUGUCUUAACUUAGUCAGUGUCCAUCACAGUGUGCUGCUUGUUUUUACAGAAUGUUGCCUCUGUCAUCCCUCUGAUUCCUGUCAUUCAUCUUCUUGUACCUCUGCACAUCACAAACGUCUCGAGUCUACAAGUAUGUUCUUGCAUAACAUCAAUGUUAUCGUUCUAUGGAUUAAAUGUCUGUUAAAUGGAUUAAAUGACCUGUUAAAACAGUUGCUCUCAGCCUCUCUUUGUCUAU